CCUACGUUUGCACAAAUUUGCGCAACCCAACCUGCCACUCUCAGUAGAGAUGCGUGCCCGGCGUAGACCAUCCUGAUGCCGGAGUACUUCUUCCACAUUGGCUUUGAGCUCUACCCAGCGCGCUCAUCGCCCGAAACGACUUUCACCCCGCCUCCGCAGACCGACAUUUUCAACUCAAGCCUCCCCGCCCACAGCUCAACGUCUUGGGCUUCCCUUGGACCCUCCCGGCAGAGCUGUAAUAAGCCUCUAAAUUCCGCAGGCUCCAGUAGCGAUACUUCUCACCUCUCGCCCACUCGAGAACGCCCCCCAACGUCCCGCAGAUAUAGUCAGCGAACCCGAACGUCCUUCUCGGAGCAUCACGAUAGCCCUGUUCCAAUCGUCAAGCCGCCUCCUCGGCCCGCACAUAAGCGGACGCAGAAGAGCUUCGCGCCGAAAGACUGGCGAUUCGACACUAUCUCCAUUCUCAGCAUCGAUAUGAAGCCUAGCGAUGGCGACGAAUCUACAAGACCCCGCGCGAAGUCGCUCAAGCAUCCUGCCACGAGUUCCGGCGGCCUAGCUACGAAGGGCAAGUUCAUACCCUCAUAUCCAAAGGACACUGAUGUGGGAUGGGGCGUGGUGCACUUGUAUCGCGAUGGACAAGAAACACCGGGCCUAUAUGAUGACGGGGCAGGUACAGAUUUCAACGAGGAAGAUUGCACGACGCUGUGUAUGCUGGCAGUACCCUCAUAUAUGACACCCUCGGACUUGCUAGGCUUUGUGGGCGAGCAGACAAGGGAGAAUGUCAGUCAUUUUAGGCUUAUUCGGACAGCGAGAGCGAAUAAGUAUAUGGUGUUGAUGAAGUUUCGGGAGGCCAAGAAGGCGAGGGCGUGGAGGAAGGAGUGGAAUGGUAAGGCGUUUAACAGUAUGGAGCCAGAGUACUGCCAUGUCGUCUUCGUCAAAUCCAUCACCUUCCAGACCGGCGACUCAAACCGCGAUCCGUCUUCGUACCCUGACCUGGCGAACGAUCCCUUCACACCAGCUACGACAAAGCAAGCGACAGCCCCUCUCCCGCCAUCUUCUAGCGUUUCCUCACCCGUCGAACCUCCAUCACUCGCCUCGUCCCUCACAGCCAAACCGCUCGCUCCCCCCACACCCUCCCUCGUCGAACUCCCGACUUGCCCUGUUUGCCUCGAGCGUAUGGAUGAGACGACCGGGCUACUUACGAUUCUCUGUCAGCACGUAUUCCACUGCGCAUGCCUCGAGAAGUGGCGAGGCUCAGGCUGCCCCGUCUGUCGCUACACGCAAAACGACGCCUUCACACAUCGCGCCCUCGACGGCGACACUCCCGACAACGAAUGCUCCGUCUGUGGCUCCACACAAAACCUCUGGAUCUGCCUGAUAUGCGGUAACGUCGGCUGCGGACGAUAUGACAGCGCCCAUGCUUUUGCACACUACGAAGCCACAAGUCACACCUACGCCAUGGACGUCGUGACGCAGCAUGUCUGGGACUACGCAGGUGAUGGCUACGUCCACCGCCUCAUUCAGAACAAAGCCGACGGCAAGCUGGUCGACCUUCCCGCUUCUGCACAUGCGAACCCCUUCGCGGGAGGAGGCAUGACAGGCUACGCUAACGACACCGUGCCCCGCGAGAAAGUGGACAAUAUGGGCAUGGAGUAUGCAUACCUACUUACCUCGCAGCUCGAAUCCCAGCGCGCAUACUUCGAGGAACAGGUCGAGCGCGCCGUUGAUAAAGCAGCUAAAGCAGCAUCCUCAGCUGAAGAAGCGACUCGCAGCGUCGCGCACCUCACCCAGGAGCUCGAGAAACUCCAAUCGCAGUACUCAGAAGCACAGUCCACAAUCUCCUCGCUCGAAAAAGAAGCCACGCGCAACGCAGCCAAGGCCAAUUCCGCGUCAGAACUAGCCCGCAAACUAACAAAGCAGUUCAAGGAGGAGCAGACGAUCAAUGAGAGUCUCAUGACGCGUAUACAUCAUCUGGAGAAGACAGCUGAGGAGGCGAGUGCCAAGGUGAAGGAAUUGGAAUGCCAGAAGGCGGAUCUAGAGGAACAAAAUCGGGACCUCUCGUUCUUCAUUUCGGGACAGGAGAAACUGAAGGAGAUGCGGGGCAAUGAGAUAAUGGGCUUGCAGGAGGGUGAGCUGGAGAGCGGAUAUGUGGAAGUCGGCAAGGAUGAAAAGAAGGGUCGCAGGAAGGGGAAAGGGAGGAAGACAUAAGGGAAUUCCCAAGAGGUUCCGGUGUGUGCUGGAUACGCCGGCUUGCAUUAUCAGGCGUUUGACCCAUUCAGCAAUUGGGUGCAUGGCAUUUGAUUCGAGAUACCCAUAGGGCACACAGUGCAAUCGUCCAGAUCGGACAAUCCAUAUUAUCAGUGAUCCAUUCAAUCCAUC